CACAAUAUAGCGCCAGCGGGUAGCAAGUAAGUAUCUCACAGUCUGCUAAAAAUGGUCUGGUACGGACGGUUGCAGGCUUUAGGGAGUCCAUCUUUAUGGAUAAAAGCAACGCGUCGAAGGAGAUCAGCUUUCUUUUCUUCUGCUGCUGCAGAGAAUGGAUCAUGGGGGGUUUUGAUGAGGAAGAAGCUUCUUUUAGGGUUCUCACUGGAGUCGCCAGCAGGUCUACUAUCUCUGCUUCUCCUCCUCCUCCUCCUCCUCCAUUGUUAGUCGUAGCCGUAGCUGCGCUCUUUAUCUUUAGAAUGAUAGUGGUGUUUCUCUCUCUUCUUCUGCGACCCCGCAAACCGCAUUUUAAAUGAAUGCAUUCAUAUCUUAUGCUCCUGCUGCUCCUGCUCCUGCUGUUUCUACUGCUGCCGCUGUUGUCGCAGUCCUUACACCCUUGUCUUUAUAGUUUCAGAAGCCCUAAUUUCUUCUGUCUCUGCCACUUGACCUUUGCAUUGCAUUCAUUACCCUAACUAAUAAUUGCUGCUGCGCCUCCUCGUCUACUUCACCAUCACGGCUCCACCACCUCCACCAUCACCACCACCUACUACUACUACUAGUCUUCUACCACUACCAACACUGCUCUGCUCUGUCAUUGCUUUUCCCCUGGGUUCCGGUAAUCAACUUCCCUUUCCUCCAGCGAUUUCUCUCCCCACCACCAAUGGCGUCUCCCACUCGCUCCUCUUCUCCCGUUCCUUCUCUGCCUCCGCCUCGCCCCAAGUCCCCUCCUCAGUAUCCUGAUUUGUACGGCAAGCGUCGGGAGCUCUUAAAGGUUCAGAUGCUCGAAAGAGAGAUCGGCUUUCUUGAGGAGGAGUUAAAAUCGCUUGAAGGCCUUCAACCUGCCUCUAGACGCUGCAAAGAGGUUCAUGAUUUUCUGAUGGCAAACCCAGAUCCUUUGAUACCCACAAAUCGGAAGAUCCGUAGAUCACAUCGCUUCUGGAAAUGGCUUUGUGGGAAGUCCUGCUUCAACUUUUCAUGGAUUUGCUGCUGCUUCAGUGGGUGCUCACUUCGUUUAUCAAUGCCAAGCUGCUGCAACUGCUGUCCAUCAAUGAAAUGUUGGUUCUGCCGCUGGCCACGCUGCCAUUGGCCACGUUGCAGCUGGCCUAGUUGUACUUGGCCUAGUUGCACCUGGCCCAGUUGCACGUGGCCUAGUUGCACUUGGCCUCGUUGCGCCUGUCUACGUUGCACCUGCCCACAUUGCACUUGUAUUCAUUGUCACUGUCCCCAUUGCCACUUGCCCACAUGCUGCUGCUGCUACUUCUGCUGCUGCUUGGAGAAACCAUCUUGCGGACAGUGUUGCACUCUUCCUUCUCUUUCUUGCCCAGAUUGUGAUCCUUGCAGUGGAUGUACAUGUUCUUGUCCUAAAUGUACAAAGGUAUGCCAUUGUUCAAAUUGUACAAAAACAUGUUGUAGUCCCUGUUAUCUAUGUUAGUAGGCAUUGAUCAUGUACGAUUUCAUAGAUGGCUACCUUGUUCUUAGGCAUGCUAAUUUUAUUCUAUUGGAGUACAAGUGUUAAAUAAUUUUUGCCCAGGUUGGACAUGUUCUAUUUUAAGCUUUACAGGUAAUAAAUUUUGAAUGUAUCUAAUGAUUUAUAUUCUAGUUGUUCUGA